AUGGCUCAGCCUUAUUACCUUCUCUGCUCUUCACCUUCUUCUACCUUCUGUUAUUCAUUCAUCAAUCCCAAAUUUCCAAACUUCAAUCAUACAUCCAAUAAAUUCAAAACUUACUUCUCUUACCAACCUCACAAUUCUCUUCAUGAUGAAAAUCUCAACAACCCAGAUGCAAAAAUCUCAUCUUUAUCCAAACCUAAAAUCUGGGUCAAUCCCAAAACCCUCAAAUCCACACAAAUUUUGAUUAAACCCCACAAAGCCAUUUCAUUUCUUAGCACAUGUGAUCCCAAUGAGCAACAAGUUUCUGAAAUCUUGAAAUGUUUAGGAGACAAUGUUAACAAAGAUGAUGCAAAACAAAUUCUCCACAAAAUAUCCAACCCAGAAAUUGCAAUUCUUGCUCUUAAAUACUUCCAGCAGAAGAUUGCACCUGAAAAUCAUGUUAUUCUCUACAAUGUGGUGUUUAAGUUGUUUAGGCAAAUUAAGGAUUUUGAAAGAGCAGAGAAGCUGUUUGAUGAAAUGCUUCAAAGAGGCAAUAAGCCAAAUAUCGAUACGUUUUCACAUUUAAUUAGAUGUGCAUCUGCUUGUUCUUUGCUACAUAAGGCUGUGGAGUUGUUUGAGAGGAUGCCGUCUUUCGGGUGUGAACCGGAUCCUAUUGUGUCCUCGUCAAUGAUUUAUGUUUAUGCUCACAUUGGUAAUGUUGAUAUGGCUUUGAAAUUAUAUGAUAUUGUGAAAAAUGAGAAAUGGCCUAUUUGGAUGAUUUCAUAUUCUGCUUUGAUUAAGAUGUACGGGAUGUUAGAAAACUAUGAUGGGUGUUUAAGUGUUUAUAAUGAUAUGAAGGUUCUUGGUGUUCGGCCUAAUGUGGUAUUAUAUAAUGCUUUGUUGGAUGCAAUGGCGAAAGCUAAGAGGGCAAAUUAUGCCAUGACUGUGUACGAGGAGAUGAGAAAAAAUGGAUUUGAACCGAAUCGGGGAACUUAUUCCGCUCUUCUGGAAGCUUAUUCCAGAAGGCGGUACUGUAAAGAAGCUUUGAGCGUGUAUAAGGAAAUGAAGGAAAAGGGAAUGACUUUGAGUAAAUAUCUAUAUAGCGUGCUACUUGAUAUGUGUGCUAAUGUUGGCUAUAUAGAUGAAGCUGUUGAAAUAUUUGAAGAAAUGAAGCGUUCCGGGACUUGCCAACCUGACAGUUUCAUAUACUUGGCCUUGAUUAAAAUGUAUUCGUUCAAUGGGAAAGUUUUGGAAGCGGAAGCAAUGUUUAAUGAAAUGACUAGCUGUGGAUUGGAGCCUAAUAUUUUUGUUCUCACAAAUUUGGUUCAUUGCUAUGGAAAAGCCAAACGAACUGAUGAUGUUGUGAAGAUAUUUAAUCAAUUAUGGGAUAUCGGCAUCACUCCCAACUAUCAAUUGUGCGAAUGUCUUUUGUAUGUCAUGACCCAAAUUCCAAAAGAUGAGCUUGGUAAGAUAACAAAUUGCAUUGAGAAGGCUAACCCAAAGCUUGGUUAUAUUGUGAAAUGUUUGACGGAAGAGAAGGAAGAUGAUGGAUAUUUUAUGAAGGAAGUAUCGGAACUUUUAAGUGCAGCUGCUGAAUAUGUAAAGAAGUCCUUGUGCAAUAGUCUAAUUGAUAUUUGUUACAACCUAGGCAUGGAAGACAGAGCUCACGACCUUUUCGGCUUGGGAUUGACACUUAAGAUAUAUAGCGAUAUACAGUCGAGAUCUGAAACUGAGUGGUGUUUGAACCUAAAAAACCUCUCAUUUGGAGCUACUAUGACUGCCUUACAUAUUUGGUUAGAUGACUUGUCUAAGGCAUUUGAAUCAGGUGAAGAGCUUCCACAAGUACUUGCAAUUCGUUGGAGACACAAGCCUUCGCACAAAGACUUGGCUUUUGUAUUUGAAUCAUAUCUAAAGGAACUUAAUUCUCCUUUCCAUAAGGCCACUGAUGAUAUAUCUGGCCGCUGGUUUUUCCGCCGGUUUUUUGCUACAAGUCAAGAAGCCAAGUCAUGGCUGCAGUCUAGAGGGACAAAUGAAACAGAUUCUGAUUUGAACACCACGCUUUUAGAUGUUCCUGUAGAGGCUCUUCUCCCUUGA